CGCGACGCACCGCGGAGCCGAAAGACCGCAGUCGCGUGCCAUAUUAUAUCUAUCGUGUACGCCCGAUAGAUCUACACAGCGUGUCAUGUAUAGCGAUCUAUAGUAUUUUUUAUUUAUAUCAAAAUAUUAUUACAUACAUUUAUAAUUUUUAUAAUAUAUAGUGUAACCGUCCGACUGUCGUCUGGUCAACACACGCGUUUUAGCCUCUGUGCCGAAGAAACUCAUCCGCACACAAACAUUCAAAAAACUACAAUAAUAUACCAUCAUAUUCAUAAUUCAUAUACGCACUCCGAACUGCUGUCGUGAUGAAAUGAGUUUGGUGGAAUAUCCAAGGUCAGAACAUGUCCGUUUGCGAUUGCUGGGCCAGUUUCAAGUUUUCUCAAAUUAUUUUGUGUUUGAGUUGUCUGCUCUAUAAGAGAUGGUCGGACGCAGAAGCCACCAGACUGUUUUAUUUCUUCGAGAAGUCGUCCCGAGAGUGGCCGUUGCUCAACAACAUUACUAGGAAUGGGGCUGGGUCCCUGUUCGCGGACGUUACUUUCGGCGGUUACAUAAUAAUAUGCGUGGCGCUGUACAUAGCGUACUUGAUGGGCGAGCUGAAGAACAGCAAAAAAACUGAAUCGUUUUUGUUGGUCAUCGGCGCGGCGCUGUUCAUUGCUGUCGGCUGUCUGGUGUUGACCGCCGUGGAUAGUGUACCCGGGAACCUGGUCAUCAACGCGCUCGUGUUGGGCAUCCUGUCCAUAGUGACGGGCAUGGUGUUCGUGCUGGACACGUGUCUGUCGACCAGGCGAAAUGAUAAGGAGUCGCACCUGUUGCCGAAGAACACUCGGUACGGCGACAUUGCACGUACUAGGGCCGCCGUCGACAGUGCACUGCAAACCAACGGGACGAACAGAUUGCACGCGAACGGAUUGAACGCCAACGGAGUGAACGGGGUACACGCCAACGGAGCAAACGGGGUGCAUGUCAACGGGAAGAACGGGGUGCACGCCAACGGGAUGAACGGGGUGCACGUCAACGGGACGAAGGGCGUUCAGAAGUGGGAGACGGUGGAAGAAAACAAGGAGAAAAAUGGCUUGCUGCGGACGACCGCGGCUACGAACGGUCGAGCGGUAGAAACCAAAAACGAAAGCGUUCAGACGACGAUGAACAGGGACCGCGGCGGACGACCGGAAGAAGACCACGACGACGUUGACGGGGUGGUGCCACAACAGUACGGUCGGAGGUACUUGGACGACCGCGGGUUCGACGUGGGUCGCGGACAUCGGCACGCGGACUGGUACGACACGGACAUGGAUCUACCAAAAAUGAAGAAACUCGAGAUCAAUGUGCCUACAGAGGAGUCUCCGGACUACCGUCGCAGAUUUGUAAACAUUAAGAAUGGUGCUAAACUACAAUCACCCAGUAUUACGAGCACUGUGCAACAUCAACAGGAAAGUCCAAAGGAGGAAAAUGAACAUGAAGUGAAAAAUGCCAGAGUACCAUAUGUUUUUUCAGAAAAAAAGAGACCGACUAGACCUACUGAUCUACCCUUAAAAUCGCCCGUGGAGAGAGUGAAUGAUUCAUUACAAAAAUCGGUUAAAAGUCGUUUUUACUUUGGGGCGAACAUGGAAGAGCCUAAAUCGCCAAAUGAUCCUGGCUAUGUGCUACACACUGCGUCGAGAUGGGAAGAACAACCUGCUGCAGCCGUGCCACAAAAUGGAUACAAAAACUUUAAAAGAAGUCAAGUAUAAUCUAUGAUCUUUGGAAGAAUUUUCUUCUUCGAGUACAUGUUGAGCUGGAUCAAAUGAUUCUUUAUCAUAAUCUUUAGUACCCAUAACACUAGCACCUUUAAUUCUGAUAACAGUAGCCUUAUCAACGCCUAGCAUUCUGGCAUACUGAAAAGCUAAAAAAAAAAAAUUAUUUCCAUCAUAACUUAAAUACAAUAAUAAUAUUAUAGUAAACAUACCAGGUGAGAGUUUUGCUUCAUCGUUUGGAGCUAAUCCUUCGGAUGCUAUCCAAUCAAGGCGACCUUGCUUCACUUGGUAUAGUACAGAACCAAACGUCACUAAACUUAUAAAGAAGUAUGCUUUUGCAAGCAUAGCUUUUUUAGCUUCAGCUUCUUCAACACUCAUUGGUUUCAUGAAUCUUCUGAAGAAUCUGCGCACAAAAUGGAAUCGAUCUGGAAAAAUUAAAUACAACAUAUUAAUUGAUACUUAAUUAAUUAUAUUUUAAUAUUUCAACUGUGGAAAGUUCUAUAUAUAAAAUAAAAAUAGUUACCAUACAUCAUACAAAGAAAAAACAAAAUAUAUAAUACGGCAUCAAAAAAAUAAAUAUUUUUAAUUUUUUGUAUUGAAAUGUACAAAUAAAAUAUAAGUUUUUCAAUAAAAAUAAUUAAAAUUAACUGUAUGAAGACUAGUGUAUAGGUAACUCAGUAUUAUUUGAUAUGUCUUUUACUAUUUAUGACAUGUUUACUGUAACUAUACAUUAAGUAGUAUAAAUCAAACUUUAUUAAUUUAUGUAAUUCUUAGUUCUUAAUAUACUUUCUAUUCAAUCAUUUCUAAAUAUUACUGUAAUUUAUGGUUAGUAUUAAUUAUUUGUGAAUAUAAUAAUAAAUAUUUAAGUAUGAUUUAUUUUGAA